GCGCCUCGUGGCCCGGCCGGCGGCAUGGCAGGCACCGGCCCGAAGCGGCGCGCGUCCGCGGCCCCGGCGGCGGCCGCGGAGGAGGAGCGGCAGGCGCGGGAGCGGAUGCUGGCGGCGCGGCGCGCGGAGGGCGCGGAGGGCGCGGAGGGCGUGACCCUGCAGCGCAGCAUCACGCUGCUCAACGGCGUGGCCAUCAUCGUGGGCACGAUCAUCGGCUCGGGCAUCUUCGUGACGCCCACCGGCGUGCUCAAGGAGGCGGGCUCGCCGGGGCUGGCGCUGGUGGUGUGGGCCGUGUGCGGGGUCUUCUCCAUCGUGGGGGCGCUGUGCUAUGCGGAGCUGGGGACCACCAUCACCAAGUCGGGGGGCGACUACGCGUACAUGCUGGAGGUCUACGGCUCGCUGCCCGCCUUCCUGAAGCUCUGGAUCGAGCUGCUCAUCAUCCGGCCGUCCUCGCAGUACAUCGUGGCGCUCGUCUUCGCCACCUACCUGCUCAAGCCGCUCUUCCCCACCUGCCCGGUGCCCGAGGAGGCCGCCAAGCUCGUGGCCUGCCUCUGCGUGCUGCUGCUCACGGCCGUGAACUGUUACAGCGUGAAGGCGGCCACCCGGGUCCAGGACGCCUUCGCUGCGGCCAAGCUCCUGGCGCUGGCCCUCAUCAUCCUCCUGGGCUUCAUCCAGAUCGGGAAGGGUGAUGUGUCCAAUCUGAAUCCCAAGUCCUCAUUUGAGGGCACCAAACUGGACGUGGGGAACAUCGUGCUGGCUUUGUACAGUGGCCUCUUUGCCUACGGGGGAUGGAAUUACUUGAAUUUUGUCACGGAGGAGAUGAUCAAUCCCUACAGAAACCUGCCUCUGGCCAUCAUCAUCUCCCUCCCCAUCGUCACCCUGGUGUAUGUGCUGACCAACCUGGCCUACUUCACCACGCUGUCCACAGAGCAGAUGCUGACGUCAGAGGCUGUAGCCGUGGACUUCGGGAACUAUCACCUCGGCGUCAUGUCCUGGGUCAUCCCCGUCUUCGUGGGACUGUCCUGCUUCGGCUCCGUCAACGGGUCCCUCUUCACAUCCUCCAGGCUCUUCUUCGUGGGGUCCAGGGAGGGUCACCUGCCCUCCGUCCUCUCCAUGAUCCACCCGCAGCACCUGACGCCUGUACCCUCCCUCGUGUUUACGUGCGUCAUGACCCUCCUGUACGCCUUCUCUAGAGAUAUUUUCUCCGUCAUCAACUUCUUCAGCUUCUUCAACUGGCUGUGUGUGGCCCUGGCCAUCAUCGGGAUGCUGUGGCUCCGCUACAAGAAGCCUGAGCUGGAGCGGCCCAUCAAGGUGAACCUGGCCCUGCCGGUGUUCUUCAUCCUGGCCUGCCUGUUCCUCAUCGCCGUGUCCUUCUGGAAGACCCCCGUGGAGUGUGGCAUCGGCUUCACCAUCAUCCUCAGCGGCCUGCCCGUCUACUUCUUCGGGGUCUGGUGGAGGAACAAGCCUAAGUGGCUCCUCCGGGCCAUCUUCUCCACAACGGUCCUUUGCCAGAAGCUCAUGCAGGUGGUGCCCCAGGAGACGUAAGCAAGAAGGGCCAAGAAGCUGCCGGAAAGAAAACGCACCAAGAUUGUGAUAAAACAACCUCACCUCCAGUCCUAUCAUCCAGGCAGCUCAGCCGAGCGCCCCACACCAUCCGUCCACCGGGGUCGGGGGCCGGGGCCACAGUGAAAACUGGUACGAAUCUA